GGCCCAGUGGCAGAGAGUGACACAUGUAGGCCAGAGGCAAAAAUUGGAACAAAAAUUUUACAGGAACAAUGGAAAGGACCUGAACAUCGAGAUUCUGAGAGCUAAGAAUUUGCAGUUAUAAAUUUUUAUCUUAGCAUGUAAGUGGCAUCCAUUAUCCUUUUCUAUAAAUCAAAGAAGCAUAAACUUCACCUUGUUAAGAGUACAAGCAGCUAAUGUGGAACGCAUUAACCUGCUCUUCCUACAUGUGCCAUUGGCCGCAAGAUUCUUACUUUUGCAAAUAGCAAGUUAAUUUUCAAUUCCGCCAGAACUUUUGUCAUUAUCUUUUUGCUCUAUAUAUUGGAGCUAGACAACAAGCCAAUUGUGGAUAGGUUAAGUUGGCAUUGAGACCACCUCUUUUUGUCUCUCUCUCUCCGAGUAAGAUGGCAAUCUUUUGGCUAAGGAUAUUGCUCGUUCUUCUAAUCAUGUCAAUAACUCCUCCAAGAUCAGAUGGGCAGUUGGAGCAAUGGUGCAUAGCAGAUGAGCAGACCCCAGAUGGAGAGUUGCAGGCAGCCUUGGAUUGGGCUUGUGGGAAAGGUGGUGCAGAUUGUAGAAUGAUUCAAGUGAACCAGCCUUGCUAUUUACCAAACACUGCAAGAGACCAUGCUUCAUAUGCUUUCAACAACUACUUCCAGAAAUUCAAGCACAAUGGUGGAUCUUGCUACUUCAGGGGAGCAGCCAUUAUUACUGAACUGGAUCCCAGUCAUAACUCCUGUCACUACGAGUUCCUUCCAUGAUUCAAUGGCAAAGAGAAGAAUAAACAAGCAUUUUCUACAGAACGUACGCAUUGUUAUUUAGUAGUGUAGCAGAAUUGAAUUUACUAAUUAUAAGCAGCUUCAGAAAUUUCAAAAAGAUUUUGGGGUGAAGAUAGUUGUAGUAUACAUUUAUUUCAAUGCUUUCUGAAUUUUAUUUCCAUUUUCAGUUUCUUCAAAAAGAUUUGCAUGUUUUCCUGUGCUCCAGACUUCCAA